AAACUUCUUCAAAUGAGGAUACAGGUUGACGCAAAGGAGGAACAAGAUGAUCAUGAGAACUGCUCUAAGAAGGCUGCUGCCAUCAGUGCUGAUACUUGUGCUGCUUACGCCAGGAUCAGAUGGGGAUGAUCUGGAGAAGCAAUGGUGCAUAGCAGAUGAACAAACACCUGAUGAUAUUCUACAAGCAGCACUUGAUUGGGCAUGUGGACCAGGGGGUGCAGACUGCAAGAUGAUCCAACCAAACAAGCCUUGCUAUCUUCCCAACACCAUAAAAGACCAUGCAUCUUAUGCCUUCAACAGCUACUGGCAGAGAUACAAAAAUCACGGAGGCUCUUGCUACUUUGGUGCUGCUGCUAUGGUUUCCGACCUAAAUCCAAGUCAUGGUGCUUGCCAGAUCGAGUCGCUUCCUUGACACAGCUCAGCGUAAACUUGUGAGAAAUCUCAGACUACGAUACUUGGUCAUCGUGUCUGAAAGGCAGCUCUUUCUUGAUGAUGAGUACGAGUGAAUGCAGUUUUUCUAUGAUACUUCUCUGUGAUUAAUGACAAAGUUGCCAGAUUUCAGUCUUCUUCA